AUGGCUGGCCAGCCGCCCGACUACCCGUGCCACCACCCCAGCGGCUACGAUGACCGUCGGUCCAGAAGCGAGCGCGAGCGCGACUAUUACAAUGAGCGCGAUCAGCCACCCUCGUCUAGCCGCACUGCUGCCGGUGGUCAGCUCAACGCUAAGAAGCUCAGCAGCCACAUCUCGAAUGCUGGCAGCGCUGACGCACUGCUCACGCUCUUUGCUGCCCACGCGUCGAGCUUGAACCACAUCCACGCUGCAAACCUGUGGAACAAACUGGGCAAGCAGCGCGUCGAGCGGCGGCACGAGGAGCAGCUUGAGCGGCUGUUGCAGCGCACGCUCGACCUCGUCUCGUCCGACUCGCUCGCGCGGGAUCCGUCAACGUGGAGCGUCGGGAACCGCGUUCAGCUUCACCAGUGGCAGCUCUGGCUUUCUCUGGAGCGAGGAGCAGACGGGCAGCAGCACCUCCUCCCCGCCUCUGAGCGCCAGCGUUGCUGCGACGCUAUGGUGGCGACCAUAGCUCGGACGUCAGGCUUGCAGCGCUCGGUUGCAGCUGUCCUCGCCGCCGUGUGGGGCCCGGGCUUUGAGGAGGAGCAUCUCGAACCGCGCACCGGCUACUCUCUCGACCUGGCGUUUCCCUCAUCACGCAUCGCGAUUGAGGUGGACGGCCCCUUUCAUUUCCUGCUGCCCGACGGCCGGGGCGUGCGCAAACCCAACGGGCCGACGCUGCUCAAGCGGCGCCUCCUCGCGGCGGCUGGCUGGCGGGUGAUCAGCGUUCCAUUCUACGAGUUGGGACGGCUUCGCGACGGCCAAUGA